UUUUUGAUACAAGAUAAGUAUAAAAAACGUCUUAUAUUUUGAUACAGAGGGAGUAUUGUAUAUCUUCAAUUUUUCUGUUGGACAAUGCUAUUAACCCUAUAGCUAUGAUUUUUUAACGACCAGCAGUAGGAAUUCCUACUGCGUAUAUUUAUGUAUUUCUGUGAAGCAUGUUACAUAAGUACAUAAAGAUAGUAAAGAAAGAAGAUUCAGUGGAGCUGGCAAUUUAGGCACGGAAAUCGUGAAGUUUUUUUUUUCCUUUUGCCCUACGGAUAACCAUGGCAAGUUCUUUGAAUUUCAUUCUGCAUCCAUAAAGACUUGGUAGCACUCCUUUGAAAAUAUAGUCACUGCGAGUGUCCAAAUAAGGCAAGCUUGAUGGCUUGAAUGUGAUGCAGAAACCAAGAGUUGUGGCAGCAGACAUAUUUCCAGCAUUCAUUGGUAAAUUGGCAGUGGAAGGAAAGGUGAUCUCUGGUUUCAGUUGUGCUUGCUCCACAUAGAGCAUACUAAUAGUCAGCUUGGGGUCCAGAUCAAUGCUUCAAACCUGCAAAGGGCAUCCGCAAUUCAGCAUUAGAAGUUGGCGACUUGGAGGUUUGGAGCUGCUUCGGUAUGAUCAGGGAAAGAGGGGAGCAAGGAACCAAAGCUGCCAUGGAGAAGGACUAUAGUGUGAGGAUGGGUUUUGUGGAUGAUUAUAUUUGUGCUAUUUGUGAUGAGGGUGGCGACUUGAUAUGUUGUGAUGGUGACUGUGGGAGGUCAUUCCACCCAACCAAACCUACUGGUGAAGCUUCUCAUUGCGACACUCUUGGUCUGAGUGAAGAACAACUGGAACUACCUGAGUUUCCGUGCGAAAAUUGUGCGUCUAAGAAGCACCAGUGCUUUGUUUGCGGAGAGUUGGGAUCUUCAGACCAAGGAGGAGGCGAACAGGUCAUCAUACAGUGCAAUAAAAGGGGCUGUAAGCGCUUUUACCACCCUGAAUGUCUUCCACUGGACAUCAAUAAUUUGCCAGGGGAUUCAUGCCCUAUGCAUGAAUGCUACUCGUGCAAGAAAAAACAUGCAACAUCAAAGGGUAACAAAACAACAGGAAAAACAAAGGGAAAAGGAACGUGCAGGAAAAAACAUGCAACGUCGGAGGGUAAUAAAACAAUAGGAAAAUCAAAGGGAAGGGGAACGUGGGGAAUGGACUUGGUGCUAUGCAGGCGCUGCCCCAAAGCAUUUCAUCGGAAGUGCUUGCCAAGGAAAAUCAAUGGCGGUGAAGGUGAAAUACAGAGGAUAUGGGAGACUGCGGGUGGGACUGUGUUCUAUUGCAGGGAUCAUGAGAUGGUAGAAAAUCUCAGAAGUGCAAAGAGGAAUCAUAUUAAGUUUCGAGAAGAAAAACCUAAAGGUGCGACUGAAAACCAAAGUGUUGAGGAUGGGAACAAGUGAAGUGUUCCUGUUGCGAAAAAUAUGGCCGGACCUGUGGUGGCCUCCCUCCAUGAUUUAUCUUCCAACUUGUUGGAGAAAGGAAGCUUGUCUUGGGCUCUUGGAGAAUCGCAAAGAUAGUGAAGUGAAAACUUUGGUGUCGUCUAUGACAGAUAACAUUAUCUGCAGUCUUGCGUCAUUCAUGUGUUGAUGUGUUGAUGUGGUUUAUGUCCGGUGACCGUGAAACCGCUCUGGUGUGUAGCGUGACAUUGUUAUUUCGUACAUUGCCAGAAUUUGGACAUUAAUCAGGUAGUAUGAACCGCCAUUAAGACGACGCAGAUGUGAGUCGUCAUGAUAGAAAUGU